GUUUUUGUUUUGAAUCUUCAAAUUAAUACCGCAAAAAUAUUUUGUUAAUUCUAGAUGGAAACUACAUUACAAAUAGACUACAGUCAGUGAUGAGAUGGUGCUGCUCACUUUUGCCAUCCUCUAAGGAAUAAAUUUCAAAAGAAGUUGCAACCAACACCUUUUCCGUUCUCCAUAAAAGAAUAAGAUUUGCAAAUUUCCCCAAAACACUAUUUUGUAAAUGGGCCCCAAUUCCAAGAAAACAGUAAUGUUAGGGCCUCUACCAGGUAGGGGUAACACUUAUUGUCCAGGUAGUUUCGUUGUCUCAUUCUGGCACAUUAGCCCUUGCCAUUGAGAAGAAGCGAGACAAAUACGUUCCUAUAGGAGCAGGGGGUAGUUUUAGUCGACUCUUACCAGAUCAGUCCGUAUUCAGUGUCAGUACUGUGCAGAUGACCAUCACUCUUUAGUCCACAUAAUGGAUAAACCUUCAACGUCCAAAGACUACUACGGUCGCACCUCAUUCACCCCAAUAGAACCGAAACGUUCGACUUCUGAUGAUGAAGACAACGACAGUGGCAUAGGACACCAAUGGAUAUUGGUAUACUUUCCAGGCAGCGAACCCGGGAACGAAUACGAAAUUGUAAAUGAAGCCGAAGUGGUUCCCGAUUUUUUAGAGACCUUCGGAACCCUUCAACAAGGAAGUUCAGUGCAAAUAAAUUAUGGUGGAACAACGAGAGUGUCCGCAGUUAUCGUUGCAAUAUCAGAUGAUAAGGAAUAUUUAAAGAGAAGCACAAAUGAAUUAACCGAAAAUUUCAAAGUUACUGAGAUUAACAAGAAAAAGAGAAAAUCUCUUAAAAAACGUUCCACAAGCAAAUCUCCCAUUACAAGUGACGAAUCAUGUGAUAACCGUUCGUCGAAAAAAGCCAAAAGAAAGAGCUCUCCAAAGGAUAUAAAAAAAGAAAAGUGCUCCCCGAAAACAAAAACUCCAUUAAACACUUCCUCAACUAAUACAGAAGAAAGUUUUGAUUUCAGUUUUGAAAUAAAAUCCCAUGACAUGGAUUUUGAUGGCGUUAAUGUGAAGCAGCAACUUUCCGCAUCAAACAUGUCAAAUAUGGAAGGUUUCAGAGGCUAUAUUCCUGUAUAUAGACCCGUUCUAAAAAUUAAAGAUCAAGAAACACAAACGGAAGACAAGUUGUCCGUGCUUAAAAUGGAAUACAACGAAUUGGAAAAGAAACUGGAGGAAAAACGAACUCAGUAUCAACAUCUCUGUGAAAUUGUUAAUGUUUCAGAACUAAAAGACAGACAACGUAAUUCUGAGGAUGAGGAUGGUGAGGUAGAUGUCUUUGAUGGAGAUAAAGAAAACGUCGAAGACGGAAUGAUACAAAUUGGAAGCAACGGAUCCAAAGUUCCGUGGCAAGUGUAUAAGAAAAUUAAAUGGGACAGCCACACAAGUGCAACUAAAAAAUUGCUUACCACCUUAUUUACAAGACAAGAAUUGGCUACACAUUCCCUUACAGGAAAAGCAUGUCCUGCUUUUCUGAAAACAGACAGAGUUGUAAAGAAAAGACUGGAUCCUCGAAAGAUUACAGACAUAAUUGAAUGUGUUACGAGAAAGUGCAAAAAGACACCUGAGGCCAUGGUGCGCCAAGCAAUCACUAGCAAAUGUGCUGACGAAAACAAACUUAUGAGAAGACGUUUAAAUGAUGAAUCUUGACAAGUAAAACAAACAUGAAAUUUCCGUGAGAUUGAAACGAAUGAAGUACAUUUUAAUUUUUUUAUUAUUAUUUCAAUUUUUGUGAAUAAGUUUCAUUUUUUUUUAAUUUUACCACCUGUAGAACCUGAAAAACAUUGUCAUGAAUCAUAUAACUUCAUUGGCUGUGAAAAGGGUUAAAAAAAUUAGACUAUACAAAAAUUAAUAUUGACUUGGUCUAAUUAUAAGUACCCUUGCUGUGAAUAUGUUAACUGUAGUGUUUACAUAAUUUAUUAAUAUGUAACGUUUUACAAUGGAAGUUCCUAUGCAAUUAAUUUAAUUUAAAAUUAGUGAUUGUAUUCAGUUUUGUUCUAGUUUAGUUAUUGUAGUCAUUAAUAAUAAUAUUUAAGUACAGCAGUUUAUAAAAUUAGAUUUAAUUUUAGUUUUCAUGUCGCCGAAACUUUGUUUAAAUAUUGACUUUUGAUUAUUUUCUUAUCGAAUGUAUUUAAAUGUAAUAAAAAUGUAAUGUAUA